GCACAAAAUAAGACAAUAUCUUUUUGUUUGUGAUAACAUUUGACCCUAUAUUAGAUUUCUAGUGAAUUAUUUCGUUCGAACUUGACAGAUCUAAUCGAUGCAUAACGCAGAUGUACAGGUAGUGCCAUCUGAAAAAUAACGAGUUGCUUGAAAAAUAGAAAGAAGUAAAAACAUGGAUGUGGAUACGGCGAGUGAUAAUACGUCUAUAGAUGACAAGAUUGACGAUUUUUGCGAAAAUCCAACGAGAGAUGCCUUGACAGAAGGUCUUAUGAGUCUUUUGAAGCCCACCGUGGAUCAAUUAGACGAAAGAAUUCGUGCAACUAGAAUAUGUCAAAUUGAAUUAAAACAACGGAUCGAGUCUUUGACAGAAGAGUUGCAGAGAAUCAACGAAGCUUUGCAGUGUCCAUUGGAAACGGAUUCUUACGUCAAAAAAUUAAUUAACGCCAAACACAAAAUCACUAUUGUCAGUAAUAUUUUACAAAAUACUCAAGAACGAUUGAAUAAGAUUCACCAAGCUGUGGAGAAGAAUACGGCAAAGAGGAAAGCCUUAUUGGAUCACAGUUCUUCGUACAGCAAUGUUGCAGGUGCACCGGAUAAAGAAGAACAAGCAGAAGCGGACAAAGAAACUACAUGGUCUAAGGAACAGGAAUAAAUUAUGACUGUGGUAAUUGUAAAAUAUAUGUGAUAUAUUUGUAUAGAGAUACCGGCAUAAGUGUACCUAGCAGAGAAACCUUGUAUGAAAAUUCUAUAUGAUUUAUGAACACAUUAUGAAUACCCCGGUGGUAAAAUUGUCAAAUGAAGAGUUGGAAACAGUU